GCUGGCUUAUCAUUAGUCUUUUGUGCAUUUUAGGUCGAUAUGGGUAAGAAGCAGGGGGGAAAAUCAAAGAAGGAAGUUCAGGAGGUGGAGGAGUUUGUGGUGGAGAAGGUGAUUGACCAGCGAGUGGUCAAUGGGAAAGUGGAGUUUUUCCUCAAGUGGAAAGGCUUCACAGAUACUGACAACACUUGGGAGCCUGAAGAGAAUUUGGACUGCCCUGAACUAAUUUCUGCGUUCCUGGAGUCUCAGAAAGGAGUGGUGGAGAAACCAGAAGCCGUAAAAAGAAAAUCCUCCACUGAUGAACCAGAAACGGAAGAGAACAAGGCAAAGAGAAAGAAAGAAAUGUCUGACAAGCCAAGAGGCUUUGCAAGAAGCCUUGAGCCAGAGAGGAUCAUAGGGGCGACUGAUAGCAGUGGAGAGCUCAUGUUCCUCAUGAAGUGGAAGGACUCUGAUGAGGCCGACCUGGUACCUGCAAAAGAGGCCAACACCCGUUGCCCACAGAUAGUCAUUGCUUUUUAUGAGGAAAGACUAACUUGGCAUUCCUGUCCUGAGGAUGAGCAACAAUAAUGCCCCACAUCACACUGAUUUGUGCUUUAGUGUGUUCCAUGUGUACAGUGUUGGGAGAAGUUAUGAUAGCCUGACGGUGGAGGACUUUUUUUUUUAAGUGUAUUGAGGUUUUGCUGGAAGCUACAAGCAUGACUGUAGUGAUCUAAAAGUAUGUACAAACGAGAUGAGUGUGUUUUUAAAAGUUACAAUAUAGGAUGCUUUAAAGGAAAAUGCCACUGUUUUUCCAUAUUCCACUGUUCUUCCCUCACCUUAGAUGAGUUGAUACAUACCUCUCUCAUCUCAGUGCAUGCACUCAAUCGCUGUAGCACACGGCACCACUAUGCUAGCGUUUAGCUUAGCACCAUUCUUUGCUCAUGAUCCAAACAGGAAUGAAUUUGGAAGCCACCAAACACUUCCAUGUUUUCCCUAUCUAAAGAUGGUUACAUGAGUAGUUACACGAGUAAGUAUGGUUACACAAAAUAAAACGUGUCA